AGGCGAUGGAGAAUCGAGGCUCUCACGAUGAUGGUGAUGAUGAUGAGGGACUUUGGAGGAAUUCGAGGGAUCGGAAGUCGAGUGCGAAUUUCUGUCUGGCAUUCGAUGUUUCGAUUUGAAGCUCGAUUUGGAAUGUCUCGUUCUGUGGGCGGCAAGUGUGCCCCUUGUGCAGAAUUAUGGCUCUGAAGAUUGGCGUAGGGUUUAGACCCUCUUUUGCUUUGCGCCCGUCGCCGCGAUCCGAAAGAAAAUUGGGGUCGAGGAAUUUGCUCCUGCGUUCUUCGAAAUCUGCCUCGCAAUUCGGCACGUGGGUGAAUGAAUCAAGUCACGAACUCGUUUGACCUGUAGAAUUGUGUUUUCUGGUGUGGCAACGGUGGCCGCAGGUUUCUUUCAGUCGACGGGUUGAGAGCUGGAACUAUGAACCAUCUGAUGAUCGGAAGGUUUUGUCCUCCGCUUCAAGGAACGAAUACUCCGACGAGAUUGUUUGUGUCUUGGUGCUCCCCUGGUGUCGCUACGGCUGAGAAGGCAAGCGGUGGCUCCGUUCUCGGGAGAGUCGGAGUUGUGUGCUUUUCUAAAUCGUCGCGGCAUUUUGCGGUCGAGGAAUCGAAUGAGUCCGCCAGGCCGGCGAAGAAAUCGUCGUCUUCUUGUCUCGGGAGAACUCUGAUUUGGUUCCACCACAUCAAGUCUUCAAAGAAGAAGAGGGACAUCAAGGAAUGGGGUGCGGAGCUCAACCUCGGUGGCUACUGUAAGCCGGGGUUUCCAGGGGUUUUGAUUUUCGAGGGCGAUGCAGAGAAUGUCGCGGAGUAUGUGAGACGAAUCAAGAGACUGAGAUGGCAGCACCUUCAGAUCAGAGGCCAGGAGGUAGAGGCUUUGACGGAAGGUCAAGACCUAGACUCUUGUCGCCGCUUUCCUCUCGGGGUCAAAGAGCUUCCAGAAUCAGGCAUGUCCGAGCUCGCUGAAAGAUGCCGCGAGGCUAAUCUCGAACAGCUCUACCUUACUGCUUUCAAAAUCUCUCGAUAGAUUUUCCGGAAUUGCUUUCAGCCGCGCUCGCAAUCUCCAGCCUCCGUCGACCAUCUGAUUGAAACAGAUAUACAGAUGAAGUGGCCUUCGGUCGGAGCAUUUGCAAAUCCAGUAAUUGAGUGAAGAAAAGGUAUAUCACGCUCAUGACUCCUUCAAUUUAUGUCCCACUUGUUUCUUGCAUGCCUUCUCUUUUCCUGAUAGGCUGUUAAAGUGUGAAUCAACUGAUGUCAUAUCAUUUCUUAUGUGAAACUGUGGCUGUACAUACGAGAUGACAUGUGGUCGGACUUUGCAAAUUCAUCAAACGAGAUGAGAGUUUGUAUCUUACUGUCUAUUACUGUCUAUGUCUAUUGUUCAACAACGGCAUUGAAGAUGAAUCUUAUUUUCGUGAUAGAAUAUGGUUUGUCUCAACAAACGAAAUUGGACUGGUGGUUGGUGGUUGAACCGUACCCUGUCUUUUCAACUAUAAACUCUCUAGCACUGGCCAUUUUCUAUUACCGCUCUCCAUUAGCUUCAGGUGGAUCAUGACUAGCAAUAUUGAGGUCAGAAAUUUUAGAUAGCAUUCCUCACGCUUGUAAUGAGGUAGAUCAACUCGAAAUCAGGUAGAUAGAAAUUCCCACCUCCCACUUCCUAAUCACCUCGACAAAUGAUCAUUCGUCUAAUAUGAACGAUUUGACUUUGAUUGGUUAAUAGUCAGACCAACAAUGUACAUAACUUUCAAGGUCAAUGUUGAGCUUGGACACACAAAUCCCAAACCGUAAACCCUAUUGGUUAAUUAACUUUUAGCCACAAAAGCCUAUUUUAACAAGAUAACCCUAAACUUGAAGCAGAUUGAAAUUUAAAUGUGGUACUACAAUUUACGUUCAGCUUAGGGAGCUUAUUCCGUAAAAAAAUAUCUA